UUAGGUCUAAUGGACACGCCUAAGCAUAGGGUGGCGGUAAAGCGCGCAUAAGCGGUUUAAACGCCUCCAAUAAAGCCAAAAGAAGACAAAGCAUUGCCUUUUUGUUGUCAUAUUGGGCAGAGACCCUACAGAUGGCACUGAAUUGAAUAUAAUAAGCUGACAGUGGGAUUAAGUACAUGGUAACGGGCCUUGUUGAAUCCUCCGCUUUCCCCGCAGACUUUGUUCAUUAUGUGUCCUCUGCAGCUGAGGACGUUGCUUUUUGUAGGGUGGGUCGUAGGUUACGUCGCCUUUCUGCUCUCAAUCAGGAGGAUGUGGACCGGGAAGUACAUCCGAAAUCCGGUUGUCCGCUCCCUCCUGGUGAACAUGCUGAGCGACCUGGAUACGAUAGACGUUACAAAGUGGUACAGGUGCAAUCCUGACCUACUGGAAGAAUCACUGCGACCACUGUUUAUCCAAAACCAGCUGGAUGCAGACACUAGGGCUUUUGUGGAACAGAGUGAAGAGAAGUCUACCUAUCUCUUCACCCAAAUCUAUUAUUCUCUCGUCUCAACUAUCCUCAGCCCACUAGUAUCACGUACCUCCAUUAAUGGGUUUCUGGGUCGCGGCUCUAUGUUCGUGUUUUCCAAGAACCAGUUCCAGCAGCUGCUACAGAUCGAGCCAGACUGGGUGGCUGACAGGCUAUUGGACCUCGGCGCGGGGGAUGGUGGUGUUACAAAGGUGAUGGCACCACAUUUUACGGAGGUCUAUGUAACUGAAGUGUCAUUGACCAUGAAAAGGCGUCUCCGCAAGAAGAAAUUCAAACUGCUGGGUAUAGAUGCAUGGCAGGAGACAGGCUUUAAGUAUGACGUGAUCAGCUGUUUGAACCUUCUUGACCGCUGCGACGAUCCUCUGCGUCUCCUGAAAGACAUCCGACAAUCGCUGGUUCCGGGGACGGGAAGACUCAUCAUGGCUGCUGUGAUUCCUUUCCAACCUUGGCUAGAAAUCGGAGGGAGAUGGGAGCGUCCCAGGGAAUACAUAAAAAUUCAAGGCAAGACUUGGGAGGAGCAAGUAAACGGUCUUACAAAUGAGGUUUUUCGAAAGGUGGGGUUUGAGGUGGAGUCCUUCACCCGAUUGCCAUACCUCUGCGAAGGGGACAUAGCAAGAGAUUACUACCUUCUUGAUGAUGCAGUUUUUGUUCUAAAGUCCUCAGAUGAUCAAGUGGCUGCUCCAUGAGUACUAAAAGCACAGAGUAUGUAGUUUCAUGAGCAUUCUUGAAUUGCAGUGUUUGACUUUUUUUUUUACAAGUGGUGAGUCGGUUGUGAAGUUCAGGUAACAUAGUUUCCAUGUUCACCAGCCAUCUUGUUUAGUGAGACCUCUACCCUUUUGAAGCAAAAAUCUGGAAAGCAGUUGACCUGUAAGAAAAUGCCACUAAUGGACUCUGAUGUCAUAACUCUUACACAACCAACAAAACAUGAGAUUUUUUUUGUCUGUUACCUGUGCUCACUGGAAGUAUCAUUCUGUAGUGAUGUUGAGGACUCUCUUGACAUGGUGUUUAACUGGACCCUUAUUUUUCCCAAAUUUUCUACCCAGUAUCAGACAGUGAAGAUGGUGCAAGUGAAAGCAUUUAAACACCCAUUUUGUAGACAGUUCAUUAUAAUUUUACACUAACUUGAAGCAGAACUUUCCAAAUGCCCCUUCAUAAAGUGAGCCUAUGAAACUUCAGCUUCAUGACCACAAAAAGAAUAUUGUAGACUGUUCAAAGCUAGUUCGUGGUUUUUUGUUUGUUUUUAUUUUCUUCAUGAAAACAGAUUCUUAAAGCUUUAUCCUGUGUUGACUUUGAGUAUAAAAAUCUAAAUCUUUAAUCCUUAAUAUAAAAUCCCUUUUGGUGCUAGUAGAUGUAACUAUGGUAUAAAUGGAAAAGGCCUUAGUUACCACAUUGACUUGUAAACUACUGGUUUUACUAUUCCAAGCAAUGCUGUAGCAGCAAGCCCUGCAUUUAUGGCUGUUUAUGAAUUAAACUUUGUCUCUCAAUGUUAUGGCCUGAAUCUGUGCUGCUCAAAUGAUGGUGCAGAAUGAAUUUCUUUGGACAAAUGUGCCACACAUAAUGCAAUCUAAGUGUUUGUUCUAAAUAAAAUACACUUUUGAGCCUUU